ACCACAACUUCUCUCAGACUAUGUUGAACCACAACUCUCAGACUAAACACAACUCUCACACCUUCAACAACUUGAAUCACAAAGCCUCAACAACUCUCACACCUUCAGCAACUUCAAUCACAGAACCUCUCUUAAGAACUGUCACAGAGACUGAAACUCUCAUACAUAUUUAGCAGCAAAACAUUGCUCCUCUCACUCUCAUACAAUCUCAGCAGUACAUUUGCACAUCAUUAUGUCAAGUUCACAAUCUUUGAAGAAUAUUGACAUAAAUGUAUACUUCGGUGGACCCCUUUACAAUCCUAAAGGGAUUGACGGAUUUCCAUUUAGAGGGGAGGGUAUUGAAUGCUACUACAUGAUGUUACGUCGUAAGUUGAAGACGUUGACUGAUUUGAAGAGGAAAAUAAUGGACGAAUUGAAAUUGAACCCUGCUUGGUAUGACAUCAAGAUUAUUUAUCGUUACCCACAAGAAGUUCUUCAUGAACGGAUAAAUUACGGGUAUAUGGCGAUUAAAGAAGAUAAACAUGUAAAGAUGAUGUUUAAUAGGAUCCAGAAAAUGUCCCAAGUAAAUGCUGCUGAGUUGUAUGUAAGUUUGGAGGCGAGUGUAGACAACAGUACUGAGGUGGUGCAAGAAACAUCUACGGCUUUACAAUUUACAACCCUAGAUAAUGGAUGCACUACAAUGGGAGGGUAUGCAAUGGGAGAUUAUACGCUCCCAUCUCAAGAUUAUGUUGCAAAUACUGGUGAAACCCUCUACUCUCAAGAGACACAUUUAGAGGAGGAAGACGAAGACGAAGACGAAGACGAAGAUCAUGCUGCGAAUGAUAACAUAAAUAAUGAUGAUAUGGAUCAGUACGAAGAGAGGAUUGAGCAAGGUGACUUUGAGAACGAUGUGGAUGAGCAUGAAGUCGUUCCUAAUUUUGAAGAGGAAAAUAUGGAGUACCAUGAUGAAGGUGAUGCAGAUGAUGAUGAUAUUGGUGUCCAGCAUGAUACAGAUACGACCGUUGGCUACAGAGCUCCUGCGGACUCAUUCUACGCAAAUACUUGGGAAGAUAUGGUUGAUCCUUCACUUCUUCAGAUACCAUUUCUUUGUACUUGGCAAGAUGGGAUGCAUUUUUGUAAAGGGUUGACUUUUGCAAAUAAAGCUGCGGUGAAGCGUGCAUUGAUAAUAUACGCAGCAAAGGAUAAUAGAAAUUUCUCCAUCCAAAGGUCGAGCACAACUCAAUUGUGCGCCGCAUGCGUUGACGACAACUGCAAGUGGUACGUUGGGGCAUACAUGAAGUCUAAAUUGAAUGGUCUGUGGAUGGUCACGUCUUAUGUGGGUCCACACAGUUGUAUACCCUUUGGGCUGCGAAGAGACGGUAGAAUGAUGGAUUCUAAUUUUGUUGCAUCAGAAAUUGUGGGAAGAUUGUGA